AUGGCUGACAUUCUGUUGGGAAUGGAGUCUUUAAGUAACAAUCUGCGGUCGCCCAAAAGCGAUCCGAUCUUCGCCCGAACUGAGACCCCUCAAGCCGAUUCCGCAGUCGCUGCCUCUCUGAGUUCGGCGCCCGACUCUUCUGCCUUUAUUUCCAGCUCAGUUUCAGACUCACAACACUUUUCCCACCAGAGACCCUUUCGCUUCAUUGCUUCUUCGACUCAAUCGUCACUUUCUUCAACUGGAUUUGACGAGACUGUUCAGACAGCCUUUAACGGGUCGCAUUCAAUCUACUCUCGCAACCUUUCCAACACUGCUCCAUCUUCAAAUCUUUCAAAUCCAUCCCUAUGGACUCCUUUUCUAGGGUCUUCUGGGUACUGGUCUACUCCCGGGGCCUUCUGCCUACCUCUUGGCCUUUUCUUUCUUAUCCUUCCCUUGACCCUGCACCAGCACCUCUUCAUUACUUUGCGUCCCAGUCGCAUUCUCUACUUACUUCGCUCGCCGCUAUUUUUUCUUCCCACUCCUUCACCAGCCUACUCUUCCUCCCCAACAUCCCAUAAAAGACAAAUUCUUUCGGGAUGUUGUCGUCGAUGGCUGGUCGCCGCAUGUCGGACGCUUCGCCAUCGUCGCCUUCAUAACAGUUUUGAGCAGCACUACCGUCCUCAAGAUCCAAAUCACGACCGUCUACCGCAUCAGUCUGGCUUCGAGUUCUGCCAAGUGGUCUACCUCUGUUUGAUCUGUCUCGGACUCACCGGACUAGCCUGUAUUGCCGGCUGGAGAUUGCGUCAAUUGCCAGACUGGCUGGAGAUGCUAUUGAAGACGGCUUCAGGAACCAAUUAUCUGCCACCUGACCGUUCAUUUUCCGCACAAGAACAGUUGAAACAAGCUGGCGACGGGUAUACAUAUUUGUUUAGGGUUGCCUAUGUUAUGACUGUCACUUUGGUGAAAUUAUUUAUUUCCCCUUCUUUAAUGCGCCUAACUCCGAGGGACGCUGCGUGUGAAAAGUUGUUUGCGCAUAAGUCCCUCGAGCAACUAAAGCAAAUAUGA